AUGGAGACUGAUGGUAAAGAUAUUAAGUGGGUUCCAGGACUUACUUUUGGGGAUAAAGCACAAGUCAAAGAUGCAGUUAGGAGCUUUUCUAUUGCAUCUGGGAGGCCACUGAAGUACAGUGUGGAUGACCAGCAGAGGAUCCAAGUUGUGUGCAGUAAAGGAUGUCCCUUUAAGAUGUGGUUCUCAUACUUGAAGGAGAAUAAAUGUUGGCAGCUGAAGACAGUUAAUGAUGAGCAUAACUGCAUCUACCAAUACAGAAAUAAGCUUGUGACUGUCAAGUACCUAGCAGAUCAGUAUGGUCCUAGGAUAAGAAGAAAUCCUAGUUGGAAGCUUAAAGAAAUACAAGAAGAAUUCAGGACAACUUUGAAGGUUGAAGUUGGUGAAGCUAAGUGUUGUAGGGUGAGACAGAGGGCCUUAAGUCAAGUUGAGGAAGAGAUGAAAAAACACUAUGCUGGGGUUAGGAACUUUGGUGGUGAAAUUUUGAGGGGAAAUAAGGACAAAACAGUGAAGAUCUGUACAACAAGGGUGAAUGAGGGAGAUGCACCUCAUUUUCAGAGAUUUUAUGUGUGUUAUGACAAGCUGAAAAAGGGUUGGAAGGCUGGAUGUAGACCAAUCAUAGGUCUGGAUGGCUGCUUUCUCAAAUCUGUGUGUGGUGGCCAGCUUCUUUCAGUAGUUGGAAGAGAUGGCAAUGACAACAUGUUCCCAUUUGCAAUGGCUGUGGGCUUGGAUAAGGCAGUGAGGGAAUUUCUCCCUCUUGUGGAGCAUAGAUUUUGUGCUAGACAUUUGUCUUCCAACUUGUCUAAGAAGCAUCCAGGUGAAGCUGUCAAAGUGGCAUUUUGGAGAGCUUGUACAUCCACACAUCCAACUCAGUUCAAGGCUGCAAUGAAGGACCUUGAAAAUCACUCCAAAGGGGCUGCUCAGAAGAUGAAUGAACUGGAUCCCAAAGUAUGGUCUCAAGCAUACUUUGCAACUCAUUCCAAAUGUGCAAGCACUGACAACAAUAUCUCUGAGUGCUUCAAUGCUUGGAUCCUCAAGACAAGGUACAUGCCCUUAACUGAUAUGCUUACAGAAAGUCAUGAUAUGCUUAUGGAGAGGAUACAUAAAAAGAGAGAUGCAAUGAGGGAUGUAGAUUGUGUGCUUGUGCCUAAAGCCAAAAAAAUGUUAGAUAGAGCUGUUUUGGAGAGUAGUGAGUGCAGUGUGUUGUGGGAUGGUCAGGAUGACUUUCAAGUGAAAUGGAGGGGAGUAUGGGAGUUAACUGGCAUACCUUGUUCUCAUUCUGUUUGUGCCAUUCAAAAAAUGAGAGAAGAUCCAGUUGACUAUGUGGAACAUUGGUUCAAGAAAGAUACAUAUAUGAGGACUUACUCAUUUUGUUUGGAAGUGCUGAGGGGGGAACCCUUUUGGGAGGAGACAAUGGGAGACACAGUUCUCCCACCACCAUUUGUGAAGCAGCUGAGGGGAAGGCCUAAAAGGCAGAGGAGGAGGGAAGGGUGGGAGAGGGCUAGAGGAAGGAUGAAGCAAUCGCAAAGACCAAACUUCUCUAGGGUGGGGAGGGUAAUGCAUUGCAUAAUCUGUAGAGAGACAGGGCAUACUAGAGGCAAAUACCCUAACAAGCCUGCUGAUUAUGUGGAGAAGCCAGUCAGAAAAAGGAUGCCAAAGAGGAGACAGAUGACUGAAGAAGAAGCUGAAAGAGCUGCAGAAAUUGAGAGGGUUGGUAAAGAAAGGGAGACAGAGGAAGCUGAGCUUAUGGAUGAGAUUUUGGAGGCUGAGCAUGUGGUUAGUGCACCACCACCAACUACACCUAGAACGGUUUUUAUGCCUACUCCAAAUGUUGAAGCAACACAUGGCACAGGUGGGACUCCAUCUCCUUCAAAGCUGCAACCACAUGAGCCUGGGACCAGCAAAAGAGGAAGGCCAAAGCUUCCUAUGAGAAAAUUCAAGGUCCCAAGAAAAAAAGGACUGUAG